GGAGCAUUAAGCGAGACAUGACCUUCACGUUUCACCCGGAGGACCUAAAACGGGACUUGAGUAAAAAACUGUCUCAUCAGCCCUGGUUCCCCUUGGCCAUGGAGGAAGACGUGAAAAACGCCGACGCCAGGCCAGCCACCCGAGGCCCGGACCAUGACAGGGAAAAUGCCCGCUCCAUCUGUCUCCUUGAGCAGAAGCGAAAAGUGGUCUCCUCCAGCAUCGACGUUCCCCCGGCCAGGAAAUCCUCGGAGGAACUGGACAUGGACAAGGUGACAGCAGCAAUGGUACUCACCAGCUUGUCCACAAGCCCUUUGGUUCGAAGCCCUCCUGUGCGGCCAAAUGAGGGCAUGAGCGGAUCCUGGAAGGAGGGCGGUGCCCCGUCCAGCAGCUGCAGCAGCGGCUACUGGAGCUGGAGCGCCCCCAGCGACCAGUCCAACCCGUCCACACCGUCGCCGCCGCUGUCCGCCGACUGCGCCAAGCCCUUCCGCAGCCCCGCGCCCGACGACGGCAUCGACGAGGCCGAGGCCGGCAGCCUGCUCUUCGACGAGCCCAUCCCCAGGAAGAGAAAGAACUCCAUGAAGGUGAUGUUCAAGUGCCUCUGGAAGAACUGCGGGAAGGUGCUGAGCACCGCGGCCGGCAUCCAGAAGCACAUCCGGGGCGUCCACCUCGGGCGUGCUGGGGACUCUGAUUACAGCGACGGUGAGGAGGACUUCUACUACACGGAGAUCAAGCUCAACACGGACGCGGUGGCGGACGGACUGGGCAGCCUGGCCCCGGCUUCGCCCUCCCAGUCCCUGGCUUCACCUCCCACCUUCCCCAUCCCGGAUUCAAGCAGAACAGAAAGCCCUGGUGCCAAAACCGAGACUAAACUGAUGACACCCUUGAGCCGCUCGGCCCCUACCACCCUCUACCUCGUGCACACCGACCAUGCUUACCAGGCCACGCCCCCCGUGACCAUCCCAGGAUCGGCCAAGUUCACCCCCAAUGGCAGCAGCUUCAGUGUCUCCUGGCAGUCUCCUCCAGUUACCUUCACAGGCACUCCAGUGUCACCGACACACCACCACCACGGGGGCGCAGGAGAGCAGCGGCAGCACGGCCACGUGGUCUUGUCCUCCCCGCCCAGGGGGACGGUCGGCCUGAGGAAGCCUCGGGGAGAGGGCAAGAAGUGCCGGAAGGUGUACGGCAUGGAGAACCGGGACCUGUGGUGCACCGCCUGCCGCUGGAAGAAGGCCUGCCAGCGCUUCCUGGACUGAGGGGUUCGGCCAAUGGGCUCAGCCACCAGGUCGCAGCCCCCGGGUCAUGGCCACCAGGUCACGGCCACCCGGACUGUGGUGCACGGCCUGCCACUGGAAGGCCUGCCAGCGCUUCCUGGACUGAGGGGUGCAGCUGUGGCCACUGGGCCUCCCGCCCUCACUGCCACGGCAGCUUUGGGAAAGCGCUCUUCCUUCAAACAAAACACACCUGAAGCCCAGGAAAAGCGCGUCCAGGAGGCCUGGUGGAAUUUCAGAAGAAAAAAGGCCACAUGGCCCGGUGCGCUCAGAGCUGCUUCCCAUGCGCGAGAAGGAGUCCCCGUCCUCGGCCGGGUCAGGCCUGGAAGCGGUGGUCUCCGCAGCACUGGGUCCCACGGAGCCAUGUCCCCUGGAGGAGGCGUGUUUUGAUGAGCUUCCUGAAAAAUGCCGUUUCGGGGUGGGGGACACCCAGGGGAAGCCGCGGGUGACUGUGGCAUUUGUGUCAGGACAAGACUUGCUUUCCUGCGUCUUCCCCGUUCCCAUGGACUUCUUGGGCAGCUCUGGCAUCUUUCCCGUGUCUUUCCUGUUUGUUUUGUUUUGAAGAAUGGCCCCGCUUGGAGGAGUGUGGGCCUGCAGGCCCGAUGGCGAGUGGGAUCACCAGCCGACUGCGGCUCUCAUGCAGCUGUCACCGAGGGAACACCUUGAAGUCUUCCCGGGACCUGGAGAGCCCUUUCCAGGCUCCUCUGCGGCUCAGCUCCGCCCGACCCGGCGGGGAGGCCGGGAGCCUGGCGCUCCUUCCAGGCGUGUGCAGCUGGGGCUGCGGGCCGCCCUCGCCUGGCCAAGCCGCUGCCGGGGCACCGGGCUUUCCCUCCAAGCGCCCACUGUCUGUCUGAGAAAAGGUCAAGAACUCAAGCGGGCCCCGCGGUUUGCUCUGGACGGCAGAGCACAGCCUCCGGGCUGGGUUCGGAAAGCCGCGAGGUCGGCAGACCCACCGGUUCUGUGCACUUUGGUAGGUUUUAUGCUUUAGCGCAUCUGGGGGACGGGUUCGUGAGCAGCUAAGCGCUUUAUGGGUAAAAGGGAAAAUCCAAACCUUCGUUUUGCUUGUGAAAACAGUGGAGCUGUUUGUCAGGAAUUGGCUCAGAAGGGAACCUAGAGACACCAAAGGAACAUGCACUGUAGGGCGCUCUCGGCUUCGCAGGGCGGCUGGUGCUGUGCUCGCUCUCAGGCUCUCAGGCCUGGUGGGUGGCGGCAGCGGCGGGUGCUGGUGCUGGUGGUGGUGGUGGUGGUGGUGGUGGUGGUGGUGUGGAGAGAGGGAAGUCGUGUCACGCCCUAUAGAUUCCUACCCCCUCCCGAUUGCCCUGGAAGGAGUCACUUCCCCUCCUCCUAUGCAAAGAGGUACGAGCACCUUAGGGAUGACUGUGAGCCGGGAGCGGGGCCAGCACAGGAAUGUGAAAGGACAUUGCACAGGGAAAGUGUAAUAUCUGUCUGGAGGCUGACAUAGCCUUUUGUAAAGAGUAGGAAGAAGUCGUGUAGAAUAAUAGUUACUCUUCUUAUACAUGAGGAGGUUCUGUGGUGUGACAUCCACAAUCUAUAUUCUUAUAUUUUGGCAAUUUGAUUUUUUAAACUCUCAUAUGACUUUUUAAACAUGAUUCCUUCGAAGAAAUCCUGUUUUUCCCCUCCAUUUAUAUUUUUUCUUUAAAAACACUUAUUUCAAGAGAGUAGGAAAAGAGCUUAUUUACUAUCACGUCUGGAAGCUCCCUCAGCACGCACCAGGGCAUCAGCUAUAAUGUGAGUUUCGUACGGACGGGGUUGGCCAAGAAAGGGCGUUAUUUCAAAUGCAGACAUGGCUUUGCACCCCCUGCCCUAGUGGGUCUUUUCUCCUCCCUGUGCUUCCCUAUAGGUGCCCUCGCUGUGAGCUGGUGCUGUGGCCGGUGCCGGCGCCUGAGCUGGGGCGGGGAGUCCCCGCGAGACCAGGGCUGGCCAACAUCUGAUCAGGUUCCCCACACACUGAAGCGGUGGGGGUGCUAUUGGCGCAGAGGUUUCCUCUGCAGCACCCCUGGCUCUUGAUCCUGGGAUGAAGUCACUAAUCACAAAUGAUUAAAGUGAUGAGGGGCUUCAUCCACCACCACCACCCCCACACACAGAACUUUGGGAUGCAAGGGAGAGACGGUGCUGAGGGCAGCCCUGCACCUGGUCCUGGAGACACCGGGCACGCGUGGUUCUGGGCUCUGGCCGGGGGUUAGCCAGCACAGGCACAGCAGAAGGUGGAGCGGAGGGCCCUUCCCUAGGAGAUCCUUGCCUUUCUGAUACCUUCUUACACACGCCUCCCACCCACGGGGGCUCCUGGCUCCCGCCAGGUGUGCACAGAGCCCCAGUACCGCCCUGCAAUGGGGACCCCCUUCCCUGUACUCAGGCACCUGGUAACUAGGGGACCACCGAUCUUUGCCUGGCUGGCCUUAAAAAAAAGGAAUUCAAUUUCUUGCAGGCCACCCAGGAAGCUAUGAGUUGCAAUAUACAACACUGAUUGUAAAAGCUAAAUUUUAAAAAUGUAGAGCUAUUUUGUUAUACUUUGGAACUAAAUGAAGUGCCAAAUUAAGCCCGACAUUCACUUCCUCCAUCUAUGGGGCACCACGUUCCUCUGUCCUCACUUGGUGGAGGGCGGAGGAAGGUGGGUGGGAAGGGGUGUCCCAGGGCCCCCGUCUGCUGAGCCGGGGUCCGUCCAUCAUGGGGACAAGUGCUGCUCAGCCCACCCCCCACGCUGUACCUGACCCCUCAAGGGCGCGGCCACCUGCAGUGAGCAGAGAGCGCCUUCCUCUGAGCCAGGGGUCCGCCUCUGGACGCAGCCCAUCCUC